GAGAUACCCAAGGGAGUGAGACAUGUUCCCUUUUCGUCGCUGCCAGAUUCGGUGUUUUUGCUGUGAGCACACCUCGCGCCUUCCCUCACUUUCAUCGCUCCCCACUCCGCACUGUUAACAUCGCAGUUGCUCCUCUUCAUCUACGCGUUCAUUCCUCGUCUCUCUCAUCAUCAUCUCUCUGCACCGCGGCCUCAUCUAACCAUGUACCGGCGCGCCACUUCCGUGAUGCUCGCAUUCAGCCUCCCUCACCUCGCACACGGCAAGACUGCCCACGCAACAACCACAACAACACUUCCCCCUGCAACCACACUGAUCGCCCUCAUCGCCCGCGCCGCCACCCCCCUCGACGCACCCCCGCCCAACAGCACAUACAGACCCCGCCUCAAAGAGUUCAGCAGCGACCGCCUCGGCAUCAUCGCAAUAAUCCUCAUCAGCACCUUCUGCGCCAUCAGCCUGCUCGGCAUCCUCGCCUGGCUAGUAUACUACCACCGGCUCUUGCCCAUGGAUCAAAGCACGCCACCCACCGGGCCCACCGCAACGGCAGGUGCGGAAACCGGCAACGCAGACAUGACGCAGAAUAACACGACUUCUCGUGCCGCGGAGAACAAGCGGCCCAAGAGCGAGACGCUGCCAGACAGGUCGAGCAUGGUGUUCGAAGGCAACACCCUUGCUGGACCGCGCAACUCGAUCGUUGUGUGUGGUGGCCCGAUGGCGGCGCUGGAUGUUGAGUCUCGGGACGCGGUGGGCGAUGCGUAUGGAGGCCGUGAAGUCGAGCAGGAGCGUGUGGAUCGACGGUGUUGGGGGUGUGCUGUGCAUAAGUCGUAGGAUUUGACGUUGUGAGGCUUGAGGCUGAGUGGUGUAUGAGUUUACGUGUUUGCUUGCUCGUGUGGUUCAUCGCGGUGUUCAUGGGUGCCAUGUUAUAUCGAUGGAGUCUGACAAAGCGAAGGCGUUAUGAGCAUGAAGAAGAAGAACAGGUAUAUGGAGAGCAUUACAGGAUUUACAGCUGGUGGUCUGCCGUCUUUCUAUAUCGGCUACUUUCACAUCCUCAAUUUACCACCAUCUUCGCUAUCCUAUCUACUGCCAUCCAUCUUCGUUUCGAUACUCCAGCUAGUUGAUCUCCCUGGACACUAUCAUCUU